AUGGGAGUCGGACGCCGCAUGAAGAAGCAGGGCAUUCCCGAGCCGCUCGAUGAAGCGCAUUUCACGAACCUGAAGCGCAAAGCGGGCAUGUCUGUUACUGAAAGUAGGGAAGAAGCAAAGGGCUACGCAAAGAAAAGGAAGACGAACGGAUCUUCCGAGCCUAGAAGCAGACAAGAGAAGAGGGAUAGGAAAGAAAAGAAGACCAGUGAGGGGAAAAAGAAGCCGUUCACCAAUGCUCUACCUCCUACACCCAUGAAGAAAAGCAGCAAAAAGGCCGAAGCAAUUCCGUUGCCAAUGUCCGAUGAGGAAAUGGACGAUGAUUCCGAUGCCGCGGACCUUAUGGAUGAUGAAUUUGAUGGCAUAUCCAGCACUGAAGGGGACGCUGGAUUAAAGGAUGAUUUUCUAGAAUCGGGAAGUGAAGUGUAUGAUUCUGGAGAAGAUCAUCCACAAGCUAUGUUCUCGGAAGAUGAAGACGAGUCGGAUGCGGAGGAGAAACUCACAGCUGCCAAUAUCGCCGGUCUUACUAGAAAACUCGAUGACCAGAUGGCUGCCGAGGCGGAAGAUGCACAAGCUGAGUUGGAAGAGGCGGCGUUGCAGACAAAUAUUGCUGGGGAUCGACCGCAUGUACUAGAUGACGAUAGUGAUGAUGAAGGAGGGGCCAAGAAGAAUUCUCUGCUCGCACCGGAUUUACAGUUAUUAAGGUCGAGGAUCAAUGAUACGGUGCGCGUGCUGGAUGAUUUUUCGAAUCUGGCGGAAGAGGGAAGGUCGAGAGCAGAGUAUACAGCACAAUUGUUGAAAGAUAUUUGUGCGUACUAUGGGUACUCAGAAUAUCUGGCUGAGAAGCUAUAUAAUCUCUUCUCGCCAAAGGAGGCUUUUGCUUUCUUCGAAGCCAACGAAACUGCCAGACCAGUCGUCCUCCGAACGAAUACCCUCCGGACACACAGAAGAGAUCUAGCAACGGCUCUCAUCAACCGCGGCGUUACUCUGGAGCCUGUUGGAAAAUGGUCCAAAAUUGGUCUCCAAGUCUUCGAAAGCGCCGUCCCACUCGGAGCUACACCCGAAUAUCUAGCCGGCCACUACAUCCUACAGGCAGCAUCAUCCUUCCUCCCCGUCAUGGCCCUCGCACCCCAAGAAAACGAACGAGUCCUCGACAUGGCAUCCGCGCCUGGUGGAAAAACCACGCACAUCGCCGCUCUAAUGAAGAACACUGGCUGCAUCUUCGCAAACGAUAGCAACAAAUCCCGUGCCAAGGGUCUAAUCGGUAACGUGCACCGACUCGGAGCCAAGAAUGUCAUUGUAUGCAACUACGAUGCACGUGAAUUCCCCAAAGUCAUUGGUGGAUUUGAUAGAGUGCUCCUCGAUGCUCCCUGCUCAGGAACAGGCGUCAUCGCCAAAGACCCCAGCGUCAAAACCAACAAGACGGAGAAAGAUUUCCUCAUGCUUCCCCAUUUGCAAAAACAGCUUCUCCUCGCAGCAAUCGACUCAGUUGAUCACGCUAGCAAAACAGGGGGCUAUAUCGUUUACUCUACGUGUUCCGUUACAGUUGAGGAGAACGAACAGGUUGUGCAAUACGCGCUUAGCAAACGCCCGAAUGUCAAGCUCGUUGAGACCGGGCUGGUGUUUGGUAAAGAGGGCUUCACGUCGUAUAUGGGCAAACAAUUCGCCCAAUCUCUCAAAAUGACCCGCCGCUACUAUCCCCACGCCUACAACGUCGACGGAUUCUUCGUCGCCAAAUUCAAGAAAACAGGCCCAUCGCCUGCUAGUUCUUCCGCAAGCAACCACGGCGUCAAGAACGACGAUAUCGAUGAGGUGGAUAUUGAUAGACGUCCGGUGCCGGAAACAGAGGAAGAGGAGAAAGAAGAUGUGUUCGGGGGCUUUGAUGAGGAGGAGGAUAAGAAGUAUAUGGAGAGGGCGAAGAGGAAUUUGCUGAGGAAGAAGGGACAGGAUCCAAAUGCGCAUAGGGGGGACUUGAGUAAAAAGAGCGCGGAUGCAGAUGGCAAGGAGAAAAAGGAGAAGAAGAGUAAGAAAGCUGUGAAUGGGGAAGAGAAAAAGGAGAAGACCAAGAAGCGUGUUAAUGGGGAAGAGAAAAAGGAGAAGAGUACGAAGGCUGUGGACGUUGCAGAGAAAAGGGAAAAGAGCAAGAAGCCCGUGAAUGGGGAAGAAAGAAAGGAGAAGAAAAGUAAGAAGGAUAAGUGA